CAAAUCGUACUCACACAACUGCUUUAAACACUUGUCUUCUUUAUCUGAAAAACCCUCAGAUCUCAAAAUAUUUCCGAUGGCUAUUACUAUCGUCUCCGUCAAGGCCAGGCAGAUCUUCGACAGCCGUGGAAAUCCAACCGUCGAGGCUGAUGUGAAAUUAUCCGAUGGUCACUUGGCUAGAGCUGCCGUGCCUAGUGGUGCUUCCACUGGUAUCUAUGAGGCUCUUGAGUUGAGAGAUGGAGGAUCGGAUUAUCUUGGAAAAGGUGUUUCCAAGGCUGUUGGUAAUGUUAACUCGAUUAUUGGCCCAGCAUUGGUCGGCAAGGACCCAGCUGAGCAGACUGCUAUUGAUACCUUUAUGGUUCAAGAAUUAGAUGGAACUACCAACGAGUGGGGUUGGUGCAAACAAAAGCUUGGAGCAAAUGCCAUUUUGGCAGUCUCUCUUGCAGUAUGCAAAGCUGGUGCUCAUGCCAAGGGUAUUCCUCUUUACAAGCACAUUGCUAACCUUGCCGGUAACAAGAACUUGGUGUUGCCUGUCCCUGCUUUCAAUGUCAUCAAUGGUGGAUCACAUGCAGGAAACAAACUCGCUAUGCAGGAGUUCAUGAUUCUUCCAGUUGGAGCAUCUUCAUUCAAAGAGGCCAUGAAGAUGGGUUCUGAAGUAUACCAUCACUUGAAGUCUGUGAUUAAAAAGAAAUACGGCCAGGAUGCAACAAAUGUUGGUGAUGAAGGUGGUUUUGCUCCCAACAUUCAGGAAAAUAAGGAAGGACUUGAACUUCUCAAGACUGCAAUUGCCAAAGCAGGAUACACAGAUAAAGUGGUUAUUGGAAUGGAUGUUGCUGCUUCAGAAUUUUAUGGCUCAGAUAAAUCAUAUGAUCUGAACUUCAAAGAAGAGAACAAUGAUGGUUCACAGAAGAUAUCAGGUGUAGCUCUCAAGGACCUCUACAAGUCAUUUGCAACUGAGUAUCCCAUUGUAUCGAUUGAAGAUCCCUUUGACCAAGAUGACUGGGAACACUACUCAAAGAUUACUACUGAAAUUGGAGACAAAGUGCAAAUAGUAGGAGAUGAUCUCUUAGUCACCAACCCUAAGAGGGUUGAGAAGGCUAUCAAAGAGAAGUCUUGCAAUGCUCUCCUUCUCAAGGUUAAUCAGAUUGGAUCUGUAACUGAGAGCAUUGAAGCCGUGAAGAUGUCCAAGCGUGCUGGUUGGGGCGUGAUGGCUAGCCACCGUAGUGGUGAAACCGAGGACACUUUCAUUGCUGAUUUAUCAGUCGGUUUGUCCACGGGUCAGAUCAAGACUGGAGCACCAUGCAGAUCCGAGCGCCUUGCAAAAUACAAUCAGAUCUUACGUAUCGAGGAAGAGCUUGGCGCCGAAGCUGUUUAUGCUGGAGUGAAUUUCAGGACACCCGUUGAGCCCUAUUAGAAAUUGAAAAGGCUACUAGUUAGAAAUCAGACUUGAGGACUGGAAUUUUACUUGAAGUGAAAUAAGUUUUAUCUAAUGUUAUAUUGAAUGGGUUUUACUGAGGACCCUUUUCCAAUAAUUUUCACAGGAAGUUUUGUUUCUAAAAGAUCGGAACUGUUGUAGCGAGAAAUGUUCUCAAAUCGGAAUGUGUUUUAACUGCUUGAAAUGUUUAUUGAGUUUGGUUUUUACAGUAAGAAAAUCUUGAAAUGCCUUUUUAGAAA